GCAUUGAUAAAUACAUACAAGGUUAAUCUAAUUGAUAUUCUUGGAAAUCUAUGUACUACAUUAUAGAUUUGCAUCUGGAUGUUAUAAUCAUAAAGAAUCCUAUCUGUAUUUCACUUGUUUCGUUUAUUUGAAAAAACAAUGUUAGAGCCAACAAUAGAAGCUUUAACAGCAUGUAGAGUAAUAUUAGCCAGUGGGUCUCCUAGACGCCAUGAAAUUAUACAAAAAUUGGGUAUAAAGGCAGAAGUAGUACCUUCACUGUAUGAUGAAAACUUAGACAGAUCAUCAUACAAAAACCAUGGAGAAUAUAUCCAAGACCUAGCAAAGUACAAAGUACAAGAAGUAUACAAUAGAUUGAAAAAAGAUCUUAUAUCACCAUUUCUAAUAAUUGGUGCAGAUACCAUGGUUACAAUGGGCAAUCUCAUUUAUGGCAAACCAAAAAAUGAGUCGCAUGCAUUUGAAAUGUUAUCAAGUUUAGCAAAUAAGGAACAUAUUGUCAUCACAGGAGUAUGUUUAAAAACAUUAAAUACAGAGGUGAAGUAUUAUAAUUCUACAAAAGUGAAAUUUGGAGACUUAUCAGAGGCACAAAUAAGGACAUACAUAAAAUCAGGAGAAUGUUUAGAUAAAGCUGGAGGAUAUGGUGUACAGGGAAUGGGUGGCUGUUUAAUUGAAAAAGUAGAUGGAGAUGUCUAUACUGUAAUGGGAAUGCCAUUAUAUUCAUUAGCAAAACAUUUAAAUAACAUUUUCUCUACGGUAUAAUUAGUGAAUUGUAAAUAAUUCAUUUUGUAGUACAAAAGAUGUCUGAUUUAUAUACACAUGAAUUAAAUUAAAUUAUUCCUUAAAUUUGCAUAUUA